AUGACUGAGAACCCCCCAUCAUGCUCUGUUCCGAAAGGUCUCAACUCGACAGGAGACGAGGCAGUUAUCCCGCGACAGUUGGUGCUUUCGCCAACUGGACCAUCGAGUCCGUUGGGCAUAGAGCCAGAGGAUCAGAGACCGCGAGUCGACGGGGGCACAGUGGCUUGGUUGAACGUCCUCGCUGGGUUCUGCGUCUUUGUCAAUUCAUGGGGCGUGUUGACGACCUUUGGCGCCUUUCAAGAAUACUACCAGACCGAACUUCUGAUCGGUCAAUCACCCUCGUCCAUCUCAUGGGUAGGCAGCAUUCAAGCAACCUUGAUCCCCAUGGUGGGCCUGGUGUCGGGUCCUCUGGUCGAUGCGGGCCAUGUGCGUCCGUUGAUGGUGAUGGGAAGUUUUCUCACGGUAUUUGGCUUGAUGAUGACCAGCUUUGCGACUCAGUAUUACCAGGUUCUUCUUGCCCAGGGAUUCUGUGUGGGCAUGGGCGGUGGAAUUAGCUAUAUCCCCGCGUUGACCAUGGUCUCAACCAGCUUCACCACCAAACGACCUAUCGCGAUUGGCAUCGCCUCGGUAGGAUCUAGUGUCGGGGCGGUCGUCUUCCCCGUCAUGUUUCGCCAACUGCAACCCCGGGUAGGCUUUCCCUGGGCCGUGAGAAGCAUUGCCUUUGCAACGCUCCUCAUGGGCCUGGUGGCCUGCAUCAUUCUUUGUCGCCAGCGGCCUCCAAAGACCCGUGCACGUAGUUUGAUCGAUUGGACUGCCUUUCGCGACGUGUCGUUUAUGCUCUUCUCUCUAUCGCUGACGUGCGUGAUGCUGGCGUAUUACGUGCCCAUCUUCUACGUGGCAUCCUAUGCUCGCACGGUGAUUCACACCUCGACCAGUCUAUCCUUCUACAUGGUCGCCAUCGUGAAUGGCUCGUCUGUGAUCGGUCGGGUGGUGCCGUACCUGUUGGUCCGCUUCGUCAAACCGAUCACGAUCAUGAUUCUCGGGGUGAUAGGCUCUGCGGUGGCCAUGUUCACGUGGAUGGCCGUCUUUGACAUGCCCGGCUUCAUUGUCUGGUCCUGUUACUGGGGCAGCCUGAGCGGGAUUCUGGUCACUGGACCGACCUCGAUUCUGGCGCAUCCAGUCUUUUGUCCCGAUGUCAAGUAUACGGGAACUCGACUCGGGAUGAUGUGGGGCAUCUCAUCCCUCGGCUCGCUCGCUGGAACCCCGAUCGCCGGGGCGCUGGUGAAUCUGGAGACGGCCGAUUUCCAGCGUGCUCAGGUCUUUGCCGGAUGCGUCAUGGUAGGUGCGGUGAUCUUGCAGAUAUGGCCAGCCUUUCAAACGCUCCAGUAUGAUCGGCGCCAGAGCUUAGCGCGGUAG